AUGAGUCAAAGUAUCGAGUUGCUGAAGACACUGCCACUUGGUUUGUACCAACUUGGCUCCAGCACAUCAGGUAGCUUUUUGAGCGAAUUCAAACUGCUACUUAUAGUAUUUAAACCAUUUUUUAUCUUCGGCAAACGAAGAGAUAUGAAUCGGCAUGCGCAACAGUUUUCCGAAUGCUGUGAACACCAAUUUCAUCGUGUGGCUUGGUUUCGGUAG